GCCUAGGAGGGGCAAUGAGCGAGUACAGGAGAAAACGGAAAAAAGAACUUUUUGUUGAGGCUAUCUAUGAUGAACAGAGCGGGAAUAACAGUUCGGCCAAAUUCCACUGCACUGUGACCUAGAGUGAUGCCAAAAGUUCCGAUGCCGUUUAUAGCACCCGUGGUAAUGCAAAGAUACAAAAUACUACUCUCUCUGGUAAGAUUAUUUGCAGUACUGCAAGCAGUACUCAGUAUAUACUACCUAGGGACUAGAAUAACACAGCUCGCUCCGUAGAUCUGCAAGUAAAUAUUAAGAAUAAAAUUCGAUGGUAUCGUAUAUCACUGCUGGCACAAGGUGUUGGAAAUCCCUUCUGUCGAUCGCAAAACGCCAAGUAAACGACGCCAAAGCCAAGUCAAAGCCAAGACUUGCAUCGCUGCUUUCCGCGGAUCCCGUUGGCUCCUGCAUUGCCAAGACCAAGCUUUCGCUCUUCAGGAACAGCCCAGCGAUCGCACCUGCCAGAUCCGGGGAAGUCCUUUGGUAGCUUGAAAUGAGGUAAUCACCAACUUCAUGCAGAUCUGUUGCUCGUUUUCUCUUCUCCUCGCUUCUCCAUCUCGUCAAUGUGCGUGAAUGGCACUCAAGGACAUGGAUCCCGUUGUACAGUAUGAGCGCCGCCCCAGCAUAUGCGCAAAAAGAGCCCCUCGCACGGCCUAGGGUGACAAGGCCUUAUUAUCAACCCACGAGAGAAAGAGGGCGGCAUGAAGCAGCUCUUGGACGGCAAUCCGGCAUCGCAAAACUGUUUGAUAGGCUCAUCUGGGAAGUGGCCCCCAUCACCACCACCAGGAUCUGUGAAAAGUCGCACAACCACAAAACAGGAACGAAAAAAGG